UAUUUGCAGCGGUGUGUGCGGCCUAACAUUUGUCCAAUUACAAACAGGCUUUUAACACAGUUAAACGAUUUGACAAAUGUGCAAACAAUGGAUUGCGUGGAUGCACUGAAUAGAGAUAAAUGCAGACCAUACUGGGGAUCAUGGACAGCCUGGUCUGCUUGCACAGCAACCUGCGGCGUGUCAGAACGCCAGCGUUAUCGAUCCUGCAACGGCGCAUACAGUUCAGCUACAAAAGACACCUGCGCAGACAUAGCUCGUGCCGAAGAUGGUAUGGAACGACGGGAUUGCCCAUUGCAGCGUAUCUGUCCUCGUAUUGCUGGUGGUUGGGGUGAGUGGGGUGAAUUUUCGGUUUGUGAUUCAAUUUGUGGACGUGGACAUCGCCGAAGAAUUCGUUUGUGUAAUAAGCCAGUUCCACAAGGUGGAGGUGUGCCGUGUCAAGGUCUCGAUACACAGCUAGUAAGCUCCAGUUGUUGA